AUGGCCACUUUCACCAAGAUCCCGGAUUCCGAGACUCCUGUGGUCUCGGUCAACCACCUUAACAAGAUCGCAAAGAUCAACGACAAUGUUUAUGGAGGCUUCACCGAGUAUGUCGACGUCAUCUAUACCAUCCGUCACUUAUCAACUGACGUGUUGAAAGGNCACAUGGGACGCUGUAUCUACGGCGGCAUCUACGACCCUGGCAACCCCCUAUCAGAUGAGAACGGUUUCCGCAAAGACGUAAUUGAAGCCUUCAAAGACCUUAACUGCCCUGUUGUGAGAUACCCUGGCGGCAACUUUGUAGCUACUUAUCACUGGCUCGAUGGUGUUGGCCCCAAGGACCAGAGACCUAUAAGGCGAGUCUCCGCCUACAUAUUCGAAACGUGGACUUGUGCUAAUACUUCCNNCAGACCAGAACUUGCUUGGCUUGGUGAGGAGAGCAAUCAGUUUGGCACUGAUGAGUUCUUGAAAUGGUGCGAGGUCGUUGGCACCGAACCUUACUUUGCCCUAAACUUUGGCACAGGCACAUUGGACGAGGCCUUGGGCUGGUUGGAGUACUGCAACUCUGAUAAGAACACUUACUAUGCUAACUUGAGACCAGCUGACUGUUUCACANNGGUCAAAUACUGGGCUCUCGGAAACGAGAUGUGGGGACCAUGGCAGGUUGGCCAGAUGACCAAAGAAGCAUACGCAGACAAGGCCUACCAAUGGGCCAAGGCCAUGAAGUUGCUAGACCCUAGUGUUGUUCUGAUUCUCUGCGGCGAGACCGGCUACAGCACUUGGGACAGCUACGUCUUGAAGGAGUGCGUGAAAUGGGACACUCACACUCUGGGUGGCAGCACAACCGCCUCGCUCAUCGACAUGCAUAGUAUUCACAUCUACACAGCCUCAAACGACCACCUGAAGAAUGCAACAGCGCCUCGUAGUGCCGAGCGUGCUAUCGAGAUCACUGGAGGUCUGAUCGAUCUUGUCCGUAUCGAAAACAAGGUGCCAUACACAGUACCCGCACCAACCAUCUGCUUUGACGAGUGGAACGUCUGGGACCCCGUACGUGCUCCCGGUGACAUUGGUGCAGAGGAGAAGUACACUCUAUCAGACGCGCUUGCCGUCGGCGUCUGGCUAAACGUCUUCAUCCGUCAAGCCAAGUACAUAGGCAUGGCGAACAUUGCUCAGAGCGUCAAUGUCAUCUCCCCUCUGAUGACAACCAAGGACGGUAUUCUCAAACAGACGACUUGGUGGCCGCUUUUGCUGUUUUCCAAGUACAUGCGCGGCUGGACCGUGGCAGUCAAUGUACGCUGUGGCGAGUACGAGGGCGAGACCGAGCCCAAAUGGAUCAGAGGCACUAUUGAAACACCGUGGUUGGACGUCUCGGCCACUAUCAACGAGGAGGGUAUCGUCAGCAUGGCUGUUGUCAACGUUUCCGACAGCAAGGACUUCUCCACCAAGCUUGAGGGUGUUGGCAGUGACUCUGUCACAGUCUACACUGUUACUGGCGACAACCCCAUGGUUGCCAAUACAAAUGGCAACGAGGAGGAAGUUAUCAUCAAGGAGACCAAGUGGGAUAGCAAGGGCGAGUUCACCUUCCCCAAGCACUCGGUCACUAUGCUCAGAUGGAAGGCUUGA